UCUUAUAUAUGCUGGGAAUAUCUAGAGGGUUGGCAGAAGGAAAUGUCUGGUGUCUCCCCACCCACUGGUACAGUGGCACCUUUGUAGAUUCAGAAGUCUCUCCACUCUGGGUAGUGGCAGCUCCCACAGCCACAUGGCUUGGCUUUGUCUGAGUGAGACAGAGGUGCUCCUGCCUCUGGGUGGGCACAGGCCUUGUGGGGUACACAGCUUGGAGAGUGCAGCAUUGGGCUGGGUUGCAGUCAUGGGCAGUGGCCCAGAACCCAGCAGUGAACAAGGAGGACAUGGCCCUCAGCCUCCCAGGCCUUACAGUGUGGAGGAGGAGACAGACAAGUAAACUGGCAGUUAACAGGUAGGAUAGUUGAAAGGCUUCACAGCAAGACUUAGCACCAGAGCCUGGAAGUGGCUGAGGGUUUGGGAGUGACUCGGGACUGGGUUUUCAAAGCAUCAAGAGCAGAUGAACACAUCCACCAGAGAGGCUCUGGGCGUUGCUGAAACUGCCGACUCCAUGGUCAGGUUAGGUCUUUGGUGUGACAGAUUGGGAAUGAUGUAGUCAGUGGAUGCCGAGGAAGACCAGGCUCAGGGGCAGUGGAGGAGAUGGUUGGAGGAGAGGGAUAUGGCCAAACGGGUGCUGAAAUAAUUGAGCUUGCUGAGAAGAGGAAGGGAAGAAGUUGGCAUGAGACUGCCAGGGACAUACAUCUUAAAAAUAGAGGAUGUUUUUGUCUGUCUGGAUUGCUGUAACAGAAUACCACACAGACUGAGUGACUUACAAACAACAAACAUUUCUUUCUUUCAUUUCUAGAAGUCCCAAGUCAGAAUGCCAGCAUGGUUGGAUGAGGGCCUUCUUCUGGGUUGUAGACUUCUGUUUGUGUCCUCACCUGGUGGAAGGGGAUCGAAUCAUCAAUUUAGUUGUUGGCAGCUUAACAUCCUUGUUGAUUCUAGUAACGCUGAUCAGUGCUUUUGUUUUCCCUCAACUACCUCCAAAACCGCUGAAUAUAUUUUUUGCUGUCUGCAUCUCUUUGAGUAGUAUUACUGCCUGCAUACUUAUCUACUGGUAUCGACAAGGAGACUUAGAACCGAAAUUUAGAAACCUAAUUUACUAUAUCUUAUUUUCUAUCAUCAUGUUAUGUAUAUGUGCGAAUUUGUACUUCCAUGAUGUGGGAAAGUGAGUCUGCCAAGGAGAAAUACUUACCAGGUCUCUUCAAAGCUAUAUAUUUGGACUUGAAUAAGAACUGGAUAAGGUAUGCUGAACAAUCUCCUGCAUAAGUCUGAUACAUGAUUUUCAUGUUAAUUGUAAAUCUAAAUUCCCUCUUGCAGGGGAGACAUCCUAGAUCACUUUGCUUUUUCUUUAAGGAGCUGAUGUUGCACUUAAACAUUCCCCCUUAAAGCUCAAACAGCACAAGUCAUUUUCACUUUUGAAAUUAAAAUUUUUUAUAAUGGAAUUGCAUGGUGAAAGGCUAUGCAACAAACAAUCUUGCAUUUUAAGACAAAUACUCUUUUAUUUCUGUUAAACUGAAUAUACAAUUAUUGUUCCCUAGGCAACCAACUUUUGCUUAUAACUACAAUUUCACGUUAACAAAAAACACAAGACGGUGAAAAGACAACUUUGAUUGUGUAAAUCUAAUUACAAUAAUAAAUAAAAUAAUUUAUACAA